AUGCGCACGUGGACAGCAGCAGCAGUGGCCCCGUUCGCCGGCGCCCGCGAGCAUCGCGCGAGUAGCGGCAGCAGCACCCGGACCUGUGCCCCGUCAGCAAAGCGGCAGGCACUGCGCGCGCAUGCGCUCCAAGCGAAAGCCAACAGCAGCGUCCAUGCAUGCAAUAAUCCCUGCGCGCGUGGCAGCAGCGGCAUCUUCACCAAGCCCACGCGGAUCCGGCCGUGCCUCCCCUCUUGGCUCGCGCGCGACGGCGAAGCUGCUACGGCUCGACCAGGCAGCAGCGCGUCGCCCGCACGCCAUCGUCCCGCGGCCACCUUCUCCAGCAACGCCGCCGCGGGCUGCGCCCCCGCCGUGUGCUCUUCAUCUUCACCAACACCGGUGUCUACAGCAAAACCGGGGGCUUGGCCCCCGAGAACCGCUGCACGCCGGCCGGCCGUGGCUACGCUCGUCUCCGUUCGGCGCGACGCCCGCGGCCGACAGCGACGUCUCCGACCUGUCCCGGGGGCUGCAGUCACGUUGCCGUCGCGCACGCCUCGCCCGGCCGCAGCUGCGUCGUCCUCGUCCGCCCGUGAGCGCACGCAUCUCAGCAGGCCAAGCUGCGACGGUUCCACUCGGCCGCUACGCGCGCUCGCGCUAGCAGCGCACGGCGACAGGCAGAGCUGGCAGACAAGUAGCAGUGGUGCAGCGCCCGGCGACGAGCGGCAGCAGCGCGCACGCGCGACCAGCAAAGAAGCACACCCAUCAGCGGCCGCUCGAGCUAAGUUUCAAUCUGAAGCCAUAGUAGCAAGCCUACAUGCUUUCAGCUACUCACCUCACCCCGCCAAGCUCAGGCCAAGUAGCCGACGGCCUACGACCCGCUCCCAUGGCCGCGCCGUGCAUCGCAUGCCCGUGUCAGCAGCAGGCCCUCCUCAUCCCGCGGCCUCGAGCAGCGGCAACGGCCGGUCGCGCCUGGCAACGGUCAGACCUCAACCUGCUGCAGCUGCGCGCCUGCGCUGGCGGUCAGCCACCACCUUGCCAACGGCCAUCACCAGCUCCGGCUUCCGCUUCAGGCUCGCAUGCCUGGCCACGCCACGGCCGGCUCCGUCGCCAGCACCUCUGGCUGCUGCGCACUUGCGCCCGUCCGGCUUCCGCCACGGCCACCUCUGGCUGCUACAGCCUCCGUGGCCAUCUCCGACUUCUACCGCGCCCAGCGCCCCCUCCGGCCUGCAACGGCUGCGCCCGAGCACGCCCUGGUUCAUCUCCGGCUGCGCGUUGCCUCCACCGGGCCGGCUUCCACCAACGUCGACCUCGCCAUGGCCGGCUCCCGCUUCCCACGGCCACCACCGCUUGCAUGCGCGCGAGCAGCAGCGAAAGAAAAUAUCAAGGCCCAAGCAAGCAUCCACGCGUGCGCACGUGAGCAGCAUCAGCUGGGCACCAGCAGAGCCGCAGCACCAUCACCAAGCAGGCUCCCGCGCGAACUCCGUCGCCGCGGCCGGCUCCGGCUGCCGCGCACUCAAGGCCGUUGCUCCGGCUGUGCGCCCUGCAGCAUCGUCCGGCUGA